AAUAUCUCCUACCCUUCAAGUUCCCACUGCAGACAUUGCUGUCCCAAGUCCAAACCAUGGAACGCUUUCCUCUGCUCUUUCUCCUCGUCCUGACAGCCUUAUCCCCCACCCUCGCAUCCACAGUAUCUUCCAGCGAUCUCGACGAUCCUUUAAUCAGGCAGGUCGUAUCAGACGGCGAGGAUCAUCUCCUCAACGCAGAGCAUCAUUUCACCACUUUCAAGUCCAAAUUCGGCAAAAACUAUGCGACUCAAGAGGAACAUGAUUUCCGAUUCAGUGUUUUCAAAGAUAAUCUCCUCCUUGCCAAGAAACACCAGAUGAUGGACCCUACCGCUGCCCAUGGAGUCACUAAAUUCUCUGAUCUUACUCCCAGAGAUUCCCCCCGCCAGUUCCUUGGAUUGAAGCGGCGGCUUCGGUUGCCGACGGAUGCUAACAAGGCGCCGAUCCUUCCUACUGGCGAUCUUCCUACUAAUUUUGACUGGCGUGACCAAGGCGCCGUUACUAAAGUCAAAGACCAGGGAUCGUGUGGAUCGUGCUGGUCGUUUAGUGCUACAGGUGCAUUGGAAGGAGCUCAUUACUUAGCAACAGGCGAGCUUGUAAGCUUGAGUGAGCAACAGCUUGUGGAUUGUGAUCACGAGUGUGAUCCAGAAGAAUAUGGUGCCUGUGACUCGGGCUGCAGUGGUGGGCUGAUGAACAAUGCCUUCGAGUACGCACUGAAGGCCGGUGGUCUUGAACGUGAGGAGGACUAUCCUUAUACCGGAAAUGAUCGUGGUGCUUGCAAAUUUGACAAGAGCAAAGUCGCUGCAUCCGUAUCUAACUUCAGUGUUGUUUCCCUAGAUGAAGAUCAAAUUGCUGCCAACCUGGUGAAGCAUGGUCCUCUCUCAGUGGCUAUCAAUGCAGUUUUUAUGCAGACAUACAUAGGUGGAGUUUCAUGCCCCUACAUUUGCUCAAAGCACCAGGAUCAUGGGGUGCUGCUGGUGGGGUAUGGAGCUGCUGGUUAUGCUCCUAUCCGGUUCAAGGAAAAGCCUUUCUGGAUUAUCAAGAACUCAUGGGGAGAGAAUUGGGGAGAGAAUGGGUAUUACAAGAUCUGCAGGGCUCGCAACAUAUGUGGUGUGGAUUCCAUGGUUUCAACUGUUGCUGCUAUUCAUGCUACUGCCCAGUAGAUUGUUGUGCCCUUUUAGCACAUUGAAUUAGAACAACACUGUUUUUAGACGGUGCUGCUUUUGUCAUAUGAAGUGUGUAUUGUAAUCCAUGUAAAUGACUAGAAUAAUAUAAGCCCCCCACCCCCCCCGCCAAAAAAAAUAUAUAUAUAUGUAUCUGGCAAAAGCUGCAAUGAUGUAGGUGGUGUUCCGUGUUCGUAAUUUCAUCAAUUUAUGCGAGGAUUUACUGUUUAAUGGU